AUGCAGGAUCUGUUGGGCAGUAGCUGGAGGAAGUUCGGACAUGCUGGCAGGGGGACCUAUGAGUGGUUAACUAGUGAACCAAGCCUUCCUCUUCUGGAAACUCAACUGCAGGGCACCCAGAAGAUAAGUUCCACACAAGAUGACGUGGAGCCGUUCCUGUGUAUCCUUCUUCCUGCCACCAUCCUGCUCUUCCUGGCCUUUCUACUGCUUUUCUUGUACCACCACUGCAAAGCUGCACGUCACCAGGGCCAAGUCUUCAGCAUCGACCUUACAGAGCACCCCUCGACCGGAGAAGUGACUGAUUUUCUGCCAGCCUUACCAUGGAACAGUGAGCAGAACUUUCCUUACUCUCCUCUGCCCCGCGAGGCAGCCCUGGUCUCUGUCUGCCUCCCUCCGUCCUAUGAAGAGGCCACCAGGAACCCCCCCAGGGAAGUGACCCUGAACUAUGUUCUUCGAUGCGAAGAGAGCUCUCCUGGACUAGAAGGACAGAUCUAA